AUGGAAAUAUAUAAAAACAUAAAAGAAAUAAGAGAUAGCAUAAAACAAAUAAAAUUUGAGUGCCAAAAACUAAAAAAGGAUAUUAAAAAAAAAGAAGAAGAUAGUAAAUUAUUUAAAAUAUCUACAGUUGUAUUAAAAAAAUAUAAUUUUUAUUUGUACAAUAAUUUAAUUAAUAUUUCAAAUAAUCAUUUUGAUAAUAUUUUUAUGUAUAGUUGUGGAAUACUUUUCACUAGUACAAUUUUUGAGGAUGUUAAUAAAAAAUACAGUAGUUUAAUCAAUAGUAAUUUUUCUAAUCUUACUCGACAUGAGCAGAGUAAUAAAAUAAAUGAAUAUAAUACAUCAUUGGUAAAUAUUAAAAAUGAAAAAAUGUUAUUUCAAAUAAACAAUAAUUUAGAAAAGAAGAAACGAAAGAAAUACAAAGAGAAUAACAAAACAUCUUCUAAAAAAAAAAAAGUUUAUAAUAAGAAUAGCAUCAAUUACAGUCUCAGAUUAAACAAUUAUGAAAAAUCUAUAGAAAGUGUAAAGAGUGAGGAUAUGAAAUCAGAAGGAAAAAAUACGUCUUUUAAUAUAAAAGAAAAAAAUAAUUCAGUUUAUAAGUGUAAGUUUAAUGAGGAAGAAAAAGAAGAAGAAUCUGACAAUGAAUCAGAUAAAAUUGUGAACAAUUUAAAAGAAAAAAUGUAUAAAAAAAAUUAUGAAGAUAUAAGAAAUAAAAAAAAAAAAAAAAAAAAAAAAACUCUUAUUCAAAAAUUAAAUGGUAAUUUUUAUGAUGAUAAAGAAAAAAAAUCUUAUAAUAAUUUUAGUUUUGGCAAAACAUAUAAUAAAAAAGAAGAAAUAGAAUUAAAUUUAGACAGUAUAAAUAAUAAUAGUGAUAUAACUGACAUUAUUGUACCAAAUAAAGAUAAUUUUUUAAAUUUUAAUAAAAAUUACUCAUAUAAUUUUUCACAAAUGAAUAAUACUUACGGUGAAAAACAAAUAACAGAUGAUAAGGAUUAUAAAAUGAAAUUCUCUUCAAAUGAAUCGUCAAAACAUAAAAGCUUUUAUUCUGGUUUGUACAGAAACAAGAGUUUCUACGAGAAAAAAAAAAUAAAUAAUAAAAGUUACAUUGAUUUAUAUGUGGAUAUAAUAAAAAAUGGUAAAGUUUUUUCAUUUUUUGAAAACAAAAAGAAGGAAAAAAAUACAUUUGAGAAAUUUGUGAAUCAAAUAAAAAAUAUAUUUUUUAUUAAUGAAAAUAAAGAUAACCAACUAAAAAACAUAGAGAAAAAAAAAGAUGAGUUUAAUAUACUGAAAUACCAAUGCUUAAUUAAAUCAAGAAAAAUGAAAAUUUAUUUAUGCGUAUGUCCGAAUUGUUCAAAAAAUUUUUACCUGUUAAUAAAAAAAAGCUCAAAUAAAAAAUUAAUUUCAAAAGUUUUUCAUCCCUCUCAUUUUUCUUCUCUAGUUAAUGAUUUAAGAAAACAAAAAACAAAUAUUUUUAAUGAACAAAAUAAAAAAAAAUCUGAAAGUUUUUGCUUGGAUAUUAAUUCAGUGGAGUAUUUUUAUGAAGAAAAAUGUUUUAAUGAAAAUAAUUUUGAUUUUUGCAAUUGUUACUCUAAAAUAGAAAAAACGAAUAACUUUUUUGAUAAUUUAGAUAUACUACUUUAUAUAUAA